GAACGUGAAUGCUUAUCACAAGACCUGGGGGCUUGCUGCUACCAAAAAGUCGGAAAUCAAACCAUGCACUCUGAAGUAAAGAACGUGCUGUGGAUACAGUGCGAUUCCUGUCAUGGUUGGCUUCACACAGAAUGUGCAGGAAUAGAUCCAAGUGAAGUAGACACUUCGUUUAACUGUGGAUGCCAAGUAAAACUGCCCUAUUGUUUAAAAAGAACAAGGGUGGCUGCUGCUACAGAGGGCUUGUUGGAAUCUGUUAUGACAGAUGAGGAGAUUCAGACACUUGCAGAUGACCUUAGAACUGGGCUGUUGAGAUCAAAUCGAAUGUUUCUGAAAAAUCAUCCCGAUUUCAAUUUAAAGUUCAAACAAAACAGAGAAGCCAUAAUCAGUAUUUUCAGUGAAAAGGAGACAACAGCUAUAAUAGAUAGGGUGUCAACUGUACUGAGGCAUGACAAGAAAAACUUGAAAGAACUUUCAUUUAUUUUGGAAGUGAUGACACCUGAGGUAACCAUGUGCAUCCUGAGGAAACUAGAAGGAUUCAACCGCUAUCAGGCUGAAAUGGCUUUCUUUAGUCACAUUCCUUUUAAAGAUUAAAAAAACGGGAAUGGACUGGAAUGUGAUGACUGACUGAGUUUCAACGAUACAGGAAUGUUUAGUGUGAACAUAAAAGCUUGAUAAUAGACGUUUAUGUUUCCCUUUUAAUGUUUUAACAACAAACUGACAUUUCAUAAGCAUUGUACAUAACUGGUCUCAACAGAGACGACUGUUGUUAGUUGGAAAGAAUGUUCAAUAAAUAAAUAUAUAUAUA